CGUACGCAGGCGCAGUGCUUGUGUGUCGUGGGCUUCAGGGCUGCCUCGUAGCAUCUGCAACCUGGGCGUUCUCCCGCUCGCCGCCGCUCCGCCUACGUCCAGGCUCCGCCCGGCGGCUCGAAUUGCGCAACCCGUUGGCGUAACCGGGAGCGCAACGUGGAGACCCGGCUCGGUGGAUUCCAAGCUCUGCAGCUGGGGAACUAGAGGGCGGACCUUGAUGCUGAACAUUCCUUGUGAGAAAUCUGAGGCGCAUACUAUUGAGGAGCCACAAUUUUCCUACUGCCUGCUGCCAAGUUUCUUGAGAGCCCAACUGUUGGGGCAUGAAACAGCUCUGGCCACCGACAUAGCCAUCAAGCCAGGAUGAACUAAGUACUGUACAUCUGCUUUGCCCCUGAUUGAUAUAAGAGCAACACCACCAAUCAGGACAUCACUUUCCACCAUAAAAACUCAUUUUUGACAUUCUGAGUGCAGAUUGGCAAAGCUGGGACAAUUGGCUGAGAUACAGACAGCAGAAGCAGCAGAGGAUGAACUGCAGAUGAGAGUGCCCCCUGACCACCCCAGGCCUCAGCUCAAAGGUCUCCUGCUCACAGAGUCUUUCCCUGACCAGUCACCUGUCACCCAGACCCGUUCCAAUCCGGGACUAGCCCUGCCCCAGAAUGGUCCAGGACCUCCAGGCUCCUGACUCUCACAGGAAAGAAUUCAAGAAUGAGUCAUGGUGGGGGAUACGGGCUGCAAAGAGCCUUCUGGCUCUAAGGGAACAGGAAGAACUAGAAGAUUUGCCAAAUGACUACCCCUCAAGCACCAGUGAAGAUGAGGGGGACAGUGGUGGAGAGCGAAAGCAUCAAAAGCUUCUGGAAGCAAUCAGUUCCCUUGAUGGAAAGAAUAGGCAGAAAUUGGCUGAGAGAUCUGAGGCUAGUCUGAAGGUGUCAGAGUUCACGGUCAGUUCUAAAGGAUCAGGAGAAAGGUUAGUCCUUUCAGUUCUGCUUGAACCUGUUAAAACUUCAUCCUCAUUGGCCACUGUGAAAAAGCAACUGAAUAGAGUCAAAUCAAAGAAGACUGUGGAGCUACCCCUUAACAAAGAAGAGGUUGAGCGGAUCCACAGAGAAGUGGCAUUCAAUAAAACCUCACAGGCGCUCUCCAAAUGGGAUCCCAUCGUUCAGAAGAACCGACAAGCAGAGCAGCUGGUUUUCCCCCUGGUAAAGGAGCAGUCAGCCUUCGCUCCCAUGGAGCAUGUGCUCAACGCCUGGAAGGCAAGAACACCCCUGGAGCAGGAGAUUUUUAACCUCCUUUGUAAGAACAAGCAGCCAGUGACAGACCCUUUACUGACUCCUGUGGAAAAGGCCUCUCUCAAAGCCAUGAGCCUGGAAGAGGCUAAGAUGCGCCGAGCAGAGCUUCAGAGGGCCCGGGCCCUGCAGUCUUACUAUGAGGCCAGGGCUCGAAGAGAGAAGAAAAUCAAAAGCAAAAAGUAUCACAGAGUUCUGAAGAAAGGAACGGCCAAGAAAGCCCUAAAAGAGUUUGAGAAGCUGCGGAAGACCAAUCCUGCUGCUGCACUGGAAGAACUGGAAAAACUCGAAAAGGCCAGAAUGAUGGAGCGAAUGAGCCUUAAGCACCAGAACAGUGGAAAAUGGGCAAAGUCAAAGGCAAUUAUGGCCAAAUAUGACCUGGAGGCUCGCCAGGCUAUGCAGGAUCAGUUGGCCAGGAACAAAGAACUGACCCAGAAAGUCCAGGUGGCCUCCGAGAGUGAGGAAGAGGAGGGAGGUGAGGAAGAAGAGGGUGAUCUCCUUGUCCCUGAUGCAGUGAAUGAGGCACACAUGACUGCAGAUGGACCGAACCCCUGGAUGGUCAGGAAUCACUCUGAUGACGCAAAAGAGGCUGAAAUCCAGAAGGACUCUGAACAACUUCCAGAGCCCAUGGCCAACGAGGCUUCUGAGAGUGAGGAAGAAGAAAGACCAGUGGCAGAGGAAGAAAUUUUGUUGAAAGAAUUUAAGGAAAGUCAGUCACUUAGGAAAAUGUCGGGGCUCAACCAGGACACCAAGCCAGUGGGCAGACAAGAAACAGAAGAUUCUAGCACCCAGGAGGUGCUAUCCAAACUGAGAGGACUGUCUCAGAAACUCAACAAGGACAACCAUCAGUGCAGGAAGCAAAACAUGGGUUCAGUGAGGACUGUUUUGUCCACCCAGAGAGAGGGACCUGCUGGGGAAGAAGAGGAGCCCCUGUUGCUACAGAGGCCGGGGAGAGCACAGACUCUGGAGGAGCUAAAGGAACUGAGCAAAGAAGGAUGCUUUCAAAAUGAGGAUCUUCCCAGACCUGCGUUAGAAGGGCAGCAGGUGGAGAGGAAUAAUCAGCCUAGUGCUCCCAAGAAGAAAAUGAAGGAGCAAAUGAUUGACCUACAGAACAUCUUAACCACAAAAUCUCCUUCCAUGAAGUCUUCGGCUGUCCCCACGAUAGAGGAGUUGGAAGAUGAACAAGAGAGAAAGCAAAAGCAAAUGAUAAAGGAAGCUUUUGCUGGUGAUGAUGUCAUCAGAGAUUUCUUGAAAGAGAAGAGAGAAAUAGUGGAGGCGAGUAAGCCAAAGGACGUGGACCUGACUCUGCCUGGCUGGGGCAAGUGGGGCGGUGUGGGCCUGAAGCCCAGUGCCAAGAAGAGACGCCGGUUUCUCAUUAAGUCACCUGAAAGUCCUCCAAGAAAGGACAAGAAUUUACCAAAUGUGAUUAUCAAUGAGAAGCGAAACAUCCAUGCAGCAGCUCACCAGGUGCGGGUGCUUCCAUAUCCAUUUACCCACCAUCAGCAAUUUGAGAGGACCAUCCAGACCCCUCUAGGAUCUACAUGGAACACCCAGAGAGCCUCCCAAAAGCUGACUACACCCAAGGUUGUCACCAAGCCAGGACAUAUCAUUAAGCCUAUAAAAGCAGAGGAUGUGGGCUACCGGUCUUCCUCACGGCCGGACCUCUCUGUCAUACAAAGGAAUCCAAAACGACUCUCCAUACAUCACAAAAAACAGCUGAAGAAAAACUAAAGAUAGAGUUGCUGGAGGAGUGACAUCUUGGUGCCCAGAAGCAGGACCCUAGAGUGCUCCUCCAUUGGCCGGGUUUUACUAGUACUACAAGCUACAUGAUCAAUUUCAAAAUUUGUUAGCACACAUAUUAGGAAUAAAGGCAUUUUUAUCUAUUAAAAAAAAAAGAAUGAGUGAAAGCCAGUUUUGUUCAGGUAGAGAAAAAGAGUUAGGAUGCGGGUUCCUGGAGACAGGAUCAGGGGUUGAGCUGCCCACUGCCCCUUUGGUUGCAAGUCUCUCAGGGCGUCGCUGUGAAAGUAGCAAAAGUACAUGUCCAAGUGGAAUGGGUGAACUCGAGAGUGAGUUGUGUGCUG